AUGUCUCGUCAGAUUCAAGAAUAUCUUAACAGUUUAGUAAAUAAGUCCCGAGUUUAUUAUUUGGACUUAAAUAAUCAGCUACAAAAACAAGGUUAUCAGUGUGCCACUUGUCACCAAAACUUAGCCGGUAAAUGUGAAAAUUGUAAUAACCAAAAUAAGCAAUUAACGGGCGAAAUCACUAAUUUAAGUGAAUUUACCCAUUUAAAAGGAGUAAAUGUCUCUAAUAAUCAGCUUACUAACCUUAAUUUCUUAAAUACUUUACCUAAUAAAGAGCAAUUAAAAGGGAUUAACUUAUUUGGUAAUCAAAUCAAGGAAGUAGAUUUUGCUGACUUAUUCACUAAAUUUCCUAAUUUAGAAAAAAUAAACUUGCAAAAUAACCCAGUAAAAGCUAAAAAUUUGAAUAAUUUAACCACUCAGCAAUUUAAUAGACUAGUUCAAGGAAUUAAAGAAAAGAAAAUUAGAGUUGAUUCUUUUAAAGGAACUAUUCUAACGGAUUUAUUAACUUAUGCUCAACAAUUAACCACUAGUGGCAAUAACCAACAGCAACAAAACACUCAAUAUUUGCAAACUCUUAUUCAGCACGAAAAUUCGCCCAAUCUUCAACCAAAAAAUAAUAAUAAUUCUUUGCUAAUUGGUGGCUUAAUAAUUUUUGGGCAACUGCUAACUUCGCUCAUUGCGGAAAUAAAUAAACCUAAACCAGCAACUAAAAAGAUCGUUCGCGGAUUAAGUGAAUUAGAGCAGGAGACCAAGAAAGAUUGUUCUCAUUGUCAGCAUCAGAAAUAUGCGGAGCAAAUUCGGCAGUUGAACGAGGGAAAAUGA